AUGAGCGCAGGAGACAUUGACGCUCUGACAUUGUUCCGGACCAGUGUGGCCGCCACGUCGUCGCCUCUGCCAACACGCAGCGCCGAUGUAUCAUCAGCGAGCGACAUUGCGCCUUUGACCGAAGCAUCACACCUACUCUUCAACACACAAUCCGCUGCCGAUGGCGCUCAACAUACCGCCCUUCCGCUCACAACAACUACGAGAUUCGUGUCGCAAACAAAUGGCGCCCUCGACUUGGCCAGUGUUUUCUGGUGUUGGCAGAACAAGGACAAGAGCACUGGAGACUACAUUGCUGCUACACAAGAGUUGAACACAGCCCGUACAUCGCAUGGCCUCAGCGAAGUUCGCAACCUGGUCUUUGCCGAAAAGCUGGAUUUGAUCAAUUGGUUGUCUGGCGAGAACGACAGCGAAUUCAUCAAGAGCCUGGACGACAACCGUCAGACACGCGCCCAAGCCCACGAUGCUGCUAAGAUGGCUAGCGGAGACGGUGAUGUCGUUAUGCAAGAUGCCAGGGCCGAGGAUGACAAGCUGCGUGACAUCUACGCACUAGAGCGCAAGACUGGCGACCGCAAUACCCUCCUCAGAGGCAGCAAGCCCAUCGACUUCUCGCAUGUUCGCAAACACGCCGAAACCUUCCUUGGCCGCUCGAAGGCCUCUGCUCCUACUCCAGCCCUCGUCGCACCUGCUCCUGCCAUUCGUCCUGCUAAGCCGUCCGGCGGCCGUCGCCCUGAGCCCAUCAUCCUUCUCUCACCUUCCGCCUCGUCUCUACUCCGCCUGUCCAACGUCAAGUCAUUCCUUAUGGAUGGUGUCUACACUCCUCCCACAUCCACAACUUCGACCGCCUUGAACAUCCUUCACGUCAACCGUGUCAUGCCUUCGAUCGACCCCACCCGCCCUCUGCGUUUUAUUCUCGUCGAGUCGCCUGAUAACUUCAAGCCCGACUACUGGAAUCGCGUUGUUGCUGUCUUCACCACCGGUCAAGCUUGGCAGUUCAAGGGCUACAAGUGGAGUCAGCCUGCCGAACUUUUCAGCCAUGCUCUGGGUGUCUAUGUUGGUUGGCGCAACGAGCUACUGCCUGAUACCAUCAAGGGCUGGGGUAGAGGUGUUCUGAACGUCGGCAUCGAUGCAUACCGCGAGGGUCAGACCGCUCAGCAGAGAUGGAGAGACCGUGAAACUGUUGAGGAGAUCUGGAGUGCCAUUGAAGCCUCGAUGAGAGCUCGUGGCUUCACCAGAGAGGGAAGAUAA